AUGUCGGCCAUUCUGAUAAGAUAUGUACAACUUGCGUCACAAGGGCCGGACUGGGCUUCUUACAACCUGGGGAUAUUCAUCUGCAUGCGCUGCGCGAGCAUCCACCGCAGUAUGGGGGCGCACAUAAGCAAAGUGAAGCACCUGGAACUGGACCGCUGGGAGGACUCCCAGGUGCAACGGAUGAAGGAGGUCGGCAAUACAGCCGCUAAGAACAAAUACGAGGAACGAGUACCACCCUGUUAUAGAAGGCCGACCAAAAACGACCCACAGGUAUUAAUCGAGCAAUGGAUACGGGCUAAAUACGAACGGGAGGAAUUCUGUCAUCCGGAGCGCCAGAGCUAUUUAUCAGGUUCCAUGGAGGGAUUCCUAAUGAAAAGGGGCAAAGAAGAUAGCCGCUACCAGCGCAGGAAGUUUGUUUUGAAUGAAAACGAGGAUACGUUGAAUUUGGCUCACACUUAUCCGGCCUGGUCCUUAGGUACCACCACCCUUGUGACGACUGUGGCCGUGCCACGGGUUGUAUCGGUCGCUUUUUCGAUCGGCUCCGUCUCAAAAACAUUGCUCGAUGGAGGUACCAUGUGGAAAGAAAACAAGGAACCGAAAGGCGUGCUCAGACUGUCGGAGCUGAACGUUGCGUUCGCGCCCGCGAAGAUAGGCCACAUGAACUCAAUGCAACUGACCUUCAUGAAGGACGGCUCCACCAGGCAUAUCUACGUGUACCACGAGGAUCCGGAGGUCAUCAACUGCUGGUACAUGGCCAUCCGCUGCGCGAAGCUCCACCUGCUCCAGGUCGCGUUCCCCUCGACGCCCCAGUCGGACCUGGUGCUGCGGCUGCCCAGGGACUUCGCGCGCGAGGGCUGGCUCUGGAAGACGGGGCCCAGGCCCUCGGACGCCCACCGGCGCCGCUGGUUCACGCUGGACAACAGGAAGCUGAUGUACCACGACGAGCCGCUCGACGCGUACCCCAAAGGCGAGAUCUUCAUAGGUCACGAGUCGAACGGCUACUGCAUUCGGGUAUCGAACACUGGCAACGGUUGCAAGGAGGCCCGCUUCCCGUUCCACGUGGUGACGCCGGAGCGGACUUACUGCCUCGCCGCCACCACCCACGAGGAGAGAGCUGGCUGGCUGGCAGUUAUCCAGAAAACCAUCAAGCGGCCCCUGACCCCACAGGACUCCACUGUCGAAGCCACGCUGGUCCGCAAAAGGACGACGUCCAACUCUAUCAGCAUAUUCUCGGGGAGA